AUGGCUUUCAGUGGCUUUGCCGAGCCGACCCUUCUCGACCUCGUCCCAACGCUCGUCGGCGAGUCCAAUUUCACAGAAUGGAAUACUGCACUGAAGUGGACCCUCGAUUCGCGCGACAUUCGAUAUUACCGACUUCUUACCGGCGUGUGGAGCGAACCCAGUGCAGUCGAUCCCACACAGCCUACGUCCACUGAAGUCGAGGCUCAUGCCCAGUGGGAUACUGCCAGUCGAUACCUCCUUCCGCUACUGAACGCCACGGUUCAUCAGACGGCCAAGUUCUACAUUCUCGACGCGAAUAAUGCACGUACUGCAUACGCCAACCUCCACCGCGCCUUCGCAGCCCGGUCGUACGAAGCUGGCUUCGCCAAUUUCCUCAAAUUCAUCAACACCACAUACACUUCAAACCAGCCUCAGGCUUUCGUCAACGAGUGGCGCGCCGCCCUCGCUGAGCUCCAAGAGUGCAACUCCACCAAGCUCACGCCUCUUCUCAUCUUUUAUCAUUUCCUGCAUGCUGUCAGCGCCAACCCGGCUGCGCGCUCAUGGCUUGACGGCUUUCUCAAUUCGAAGGUCUCCACCGAUACAACUAUCGAAGCAACCUUUGCGGACUUCGUUGUUUCCGAGGAUCGUCGCCUCAACGCUCUCAAUCAGGCUCACUCUUUUAGCUUGAAUAAGGGUAAACAUCUCCCUUUCUUUUGCGAGUUUCAUCAACGUCAGGCUGGUCAUUCCAGUGAGAACUGCUUCCGCAACCCAGCGAACCACGCCCCUUUGGAUAAACCGGCUUCGGCUCCGGCUACGGUUCCCGCUCAACGUACAGUCACUCAAGACCCGCCUGCCAAGUAG